AUGGCUGCCCAGUCCAAGCUGGCGCCCUUGCUGGGCGACCACGAGCGUCGAACACUGCGGAGUCUUCUGUCGUCGUUGACUCGUGGCUACCUCAACAACCGCACACGCAUCUCGCGCGCCGUCUAUGUGACGCUGUUCCUCGCACUCGUGAACCGCGUGCGGAACGCCAUUGCAGAGCAGCGCGCGGCCGGCGAGGCCGAGAAGAAGGACCAUGCGUCCGGGCUGGUCGACUCGUCCGCAACCUCCGGCGAGCCCGGCAGUGCCCCCAAGCGCAAAAAGGUCGAGCUCGACCGCGCCUUCUUCCGCUCCCUCUUCCGCCUGCUGCGCAUCGUCGUGCCCGGGUGGCGCUCCAAGGAGGCCCGCCUGCUCGUCAGCCACAGCGUGUUCCUGGUCGUGCGCACACUGCUUAGUCUGCAGAUCGCUGCCAUGGACGGUGCCCUGGUCAAGAGUCUUGUACGCGGCCAGGGAAAGCAGUUCCUGAAGCGCAUCGUGUGGUGGAUGCUCAUCGCCGUGCCGGCCACAUUUACCAACUCCAUGCUGGCCUACCACCAGGCCGAGCUGGCCCUGCGCUACCGCACGCGCCUGACGCACUUCAUCCACGAGCGCUACCUGUCCAACAUGACCUUUUACGGCCUGUCUGCGCUGGACGACCGCAUCAAGAACCCGGACCAGCUGAUUGCGGUCGACGUUGCCAAGUUCUCCAACAGCCUGGCAGAGCUCUACAGCAACCUGGCCAAGCCGAUUCUCGACAUGACAAUAUAUACAUACUCGCUGUCCAAGAGCGUCGGCGGCGAGGGCGUCGUGUUCAUGUCGCUGCUCGUGCAGCUGUCGGCCAUUGCCAUGCGCGCCCUGACGCCGCCAUUUGGCAAGUACGUCGCCGACGAGGCGCGUCUCGAGGGCGAGUUCCGCUUCCAGCACUCGCGCCUCAUCGACCACAGCGAGGAGGUCGCGCUGUACGCGGGCCACUCGGCCGAAAAGGACACCCUGGACAAGGGCUACUUUACGCUGAUCAAGCACGUCAACUACAUCCUGCGUCAGCGCUUCUACCACGGCUUCAUGGAGGACUAUGUCAUCAAGUACCUCUGGGGCGCCCUCGGCCUGCUGCUCUGCAGCAUGCCCGUGUUCGUGCCCAUCCCGGGCGUCGGCGGCGCUCCCCUCGCCGCGGCCGCAGGAGGCAGCAGCGCCGCGGCCAAGGCAGGGAUGGCGUCGGUUGUGCGGCACAUGGCCGACCGCACCGAGAGCUUCGUGACGAACCGCCGCAUGCUGCUGUCGGCGUCCGAUGCCUUUGGGCGCAUCAUGUUCUCGUACCGCGAGAUCAUGGAGCUGGCAGGCUACACGUCGCGCGUCUCUACCCUUCUCGACGUCAUGAAGGACGUGCAUGACGGCCACUUUGAGAAGAACCUGGUGUCGAGCAACGACAACACCGACGACCAUGCCGCUGUCCUCAAGGGCCGCGGCACGGUCGUCGAGAGCGAUGUCAUUGAGUUUAAGGAUGUCCCCAUCAUUUCGCCCAACGGCGACGUUCUCGUCCCGGCACUCUCGUUUUGCCUGCGCGCCGGCGACCACCUGCUCGUCGUGGGCCCCAACGGCUGCGGCAAGUCGUCGCUGUUCCGUAUCCUGGGCGGCCUGUGGCCCGUCUACGGCGGCUCCGUCCACCGACCGCCGCCCACCGACAUCUUCUACAUCCCGCAGCGCCCGUACCUGCCGCGCGGCACUCUGCGUCAGCAGAUCAUCUACCCGGACAGCCUGCGCAACAUGCGGUCCAAGGGCGUCUCGGACGCGGACCUCGAGAAGCUGCUGCAGCUUCUGGGCCUCGAGGAGCUGCUGGCCAGCCAGGUCGACAACGGCGGGUGGGACGCGGUCGCCGAGUGGCGCGAGGUCCUGAGUGUUGGCUGGCAGCAGCGCGUGGCCAUGGCGCGGCUGCUGUACCACCGGCCGCGCUACGCCAUCCUCGACGAGUGCACGUCCAGUGUCACGCUGGAGAUGGAAAAGACCAUGUACGAGCAGGCCAAGGCCAUGGGCGUCACGCUCAUGACCGUCAGCCACCGCCGCAGCCUGUGGCAGUACCACAACCACAUUCUGCAGUUUGACGGCCAGGGCAAGUACAUUUUCACGCGCCUCGACGCAGAGCGCCGCCUGCGCCUGGAGGACGAGAAGGACGACCUCGACCUGCUGCUGCGGCAGGUGCCUGAUGCGGAGAAGCGCAUGGCCGAGCUGGAGGAGGCCAUGGCGUGA